AUGGACAACCUACCUCGCCUGGAUGUUAUCUGGGCGAAGCCUUGGCUUCUGCUCUCGGCUGCCUUGCUCAGUCUGCUGGUCAUCAAACGACUAUUUUUUCAAGGCAGGAGCGAUGGCUAUGUGCUUCCACCCGGUCCCAAGCGCCUUCCUCUCAUUGGCAAUCUACUGGACAUGCAACCCCAGGAGGGGCAGCCGGAAUUUCAACACUGGCUUAGCCACAGAGAACAGUUUGGUCCUAUGAGCUCCGUUGGCAUCAUGGGACAAAACGUGAUUCUCCUUCACGAUCGAGAGGCGGCCCGAUUUCUCCUGGAGAAGCGCUCCAAGAGUACAUCGUCGCGACCGCACAUGGAGUUUGGCCACAACAUGUGCGGCUUCAAAAACCUGCUAUCGGUGCAGAAAUAUGGCACCAGCUACGUCCGGCGUCGGCGGCUUGUUCACCAGUAUCUCGGUACUCAGGUAGCGUCAGAUCGGUAUCACAGUCUCCAGGAAGUAAAGUCUGAAAAGCUGCUCCAGCGGGUGCUGGAGUCGCCCGAGGCGCUGAUGGAUCACCUCCAAGGCUUUUCGGCCAGCGUCAUUCUCGACGCUAUAUAUGGCUACACGCUUGAGUCUACCGGCAGCCUCGACCCGCUUGUCGAGCUUAUACAGCGCAUGCUCGACAAUGCCACGAAAGCCUUUCUGCCCACCGCAUGGUUCGUUGAUGUCGUGCCGGCGAUGCGGUACAUUCCUGGCUGGUUUCCGGGUGCUUCUUUUGUGCGGACGGCCAAGAAGUGGAAGCAGACAUGCGAGGAUGCCGCCAACACGCCCCUCGCCUUUGUCAAGAAGCAGAUGCAGAGCGGCACCCAUCGCCCGUCGUACGUCUCCAACAUUUUGGAGAAUAUCGGCAGCACAGAGAACGGGGGCGAUGACGCCGACGGCAAGCCUACCAAGGAGCCUGCUAACGAGGAGGACAUCAAGUGGACUGCCGCCACCAUGUAUGGCGCUGGGGUGGAGACGACGUCGUCGUCUCUGGACGUCUUUGUACUGGCGAUGAUCUUGUUUCCAGACGUGCAGCGCACAGCGCAGCAGGAGAUUGACAGGGUCGUCGGCACAGGGCGUCUCCCAACCUUUCAGGACCGAGCCAGCCUGCCGUACACGGACAGUCUUGUCACUGAAAUCCUCCGGUGGUUCCCGGUGCUGCCCAUGGGCCUUCCGCACAUGGCGCAGGAAGACAUCGUCUACAAGCAGUACCUUAUCCCCAAGGGUUCAUACCUCCUCCCAGCGGCAUGGUGGUUCUGCCACGACCCAGAGUUCUACGCGGAUCCCGAGAAAUUCGACCCAGAACGAUACAUCGCGCCGCGCAGCGAACCGGAUCCCAGAGGUGUCAUUUUCGGCUUCGGUCGCCGAAUCUGCCCUGGUAGGUACUUUGCCGACUCCAACUUGUUCAUUGUCACUGCGCGCCUUCUGGCCGCUUUCAAAAUGAGUGCCGGCGUGGAUGAGCAAGGGCGCGAGAGGGUGGCUAAGCUUGGGUAUACCAUUUCGCUCACAACCCGUCCAGUCAAGUUUCCGGUCAGCAUUGCCCCGAGAAGUGACCAGCACGCCGCACUGGUCCGGGGCAUUUCGACCACUGUUUCUCAGUAG